CCGGUAUAAAUAGAAGCAUACUCAGAGAAGGCACAGGACGGAAAACUCAUGAUGAAUUGUUAGGGCACGUUGAGUUGGUUCUGUCAAUGCCUGCAGUCAGAUGAUUUCACUGGCUGUACAGGAUGAAAUCUCAUAUUUCAAUGUAUAAGUAAAAGUGUCAAAGUUCAGCUGAAGCUGGGACGAUUACGGAGCAAAUUUUGUCUGUAUUUGUAACUAGGGCUCCAGAGCAACUGAGGAAGCAAAAAUGAGCCAGAAAAACAAAAGGAGUUUAAAGGAGAAAUUUGCCUUGAAGAACAGCUUGGUUAAAGAAGCCCUCUCAGAAUUCCUGGGAACUUUUAUAUUGAUAGCGCUCGGAUGUGGGUGUGUGGGGCAGGCUGUCCUUAGUCGAGGAGCCCAUGGCGGGCCCAUGACAGUAUCUGUUGGAUUUGCAGUGGCAGUCACCAUGGCAGUGUACGUGUCUGGGGGGGUUUCUGGUGGUCACAUAAACCCAGCAGUUUCAUUAGCCAUGUGCGUGACUGGAAGAUUAAAAUGGACCAAAUUACCAAUUUACAUAUUAGCACAAUUCCUGGGAGCAUUUGUUGGAGCAGCAGCUGUCUUCGGGAUUUAUUACGAUGCCUUUAUGGAUUAUAGCAAUGGAACACUUGAAGUCACAGGACCUAAUGCAACAGCACAUAUCUUUGCAACAUACCCAGCUCCGUAUCUCUCUCUCAUAAAUGGAUUUGCAGAUCAGGUGAUGUCAACAGCUGUUCUUCUUCUGGCUAUAUUUGCUAUUUUUGACGCGAAAAAUAAUGGAGUACCAAAGGGCCUGGAGCCAAUUGCAGUAGGACUCCUUAUAAUUGUACUUACUUGUUCCUUGGGAAUGAACAGCGGCUGUGCCAUGAACCCAGCCAGGGACCUAGGCCCAAGGCUCUUCACAGCCAUUGCAGGAUGGGGAAUGGAAGUAUUCACUUUGAAUUCAUUUUUUUAAAGAAGGCCUCUAAGUCCACUCACAAAUUCCUCUGAAGUCCAGGCCACCAAACAACCACUGUCUAUUCAAGACAAAAUAAAAAAUUUAUCGAAAGCUGGAACUAAGUCUUUAAACAACAAUGAAGCAGUCCAGGCACAGAGUAUUUUUAAAAAGCUUACCUUCUGUCUGAGACUGUGUCUGAGAAGAAAAUACAGAUGCGUCUCUUCAAUCUCGAGGCUGCCCAUAUCAUGAUAGGCAUGUCACAACAAGGACUCAAGCACCUCAAAGGGAUCUGUGGAGAAAAAGAUUGAUUGCUUAUGAUGAAGUGAAGCUCAAAAGCUGUCAAAUAUUUUGAAAGAGCUGUUAGAGCAUAGAGACCUAGUGAAACACAAGGCACCAUGGAUGCCCUCAUCAAACGUGGCGGUUGUUUUGUGAACACAGGAGACCUCCUCUCUGCUCUUUUAGGCUUGCCAGCCAUGCAUAUCCAAAAGCAAAGAAAACUGAAGAUGCAGCUACAGUCAAAAGGGAGGGAGAUAACUACAUGAUUUCAGAGCAAAAGUCUCAAAAGUGAAAGCGUGAGAGACUGUGACUGAACGUGCGUGCCUGCGUCCUGGGACGGCCAGUCAAUCUAAGAAAUCCCCAGUUCUCUGAAGGCAGUUCCACACUUUACGUACACCAGCUGAAGGUAUUGGUGGGGACCCAAAGUCAUAUAGACAUCGGGCUAAUUGCCCUCACCUGUUAUUGAAGUAACUUGGCCAAGGUAGAACACCCUGCUAACAUCACUAUUUUGCACCCAGUUUGAGGGCUGGGCUGUCAUAAAGUAACUUUUGUGUUCAGUUCACACAGUAAAAACAUGUUUUUGCUUGUUGCUACUAUUUUUAAUUCCUGAUUAAGUAACUAAGGGCCAAAUCCUAGUUACCUUACUCCAGAAAGUGGCACUUCUCAGUUACACAUCAGUUUUGAAACUGGCAUAACAAAACUAAAACCCUUCUCUGCAAACACAUCCCAUUGUCAUGAAAGCACCUUUCCCUGAAAACUAACAGCUGCAAACUGCCAUGGCAAUGCCUGCAAUCAAAGAACAGCCCUCCUCUCUUGCUGUUAUCACCACGGCCAUUGAGGAGAAACCUUGUGAAAUGAACACCAACUUGGGGUCUUGAUGUUGGUUGUCUCGGAGAAUCUCGUGAUCCUCGAGCAAUUCUGCUAGUUCAGUGGCACAUUACACGUGGGACAGCUCCGGCCCCCAACUCUUGCAGUGGUUCGUUCUUCUAUCCAAAUUUCAUUUGAUCAAAAUCUCAUGGUAACUACCAUAGUCUCAACACAGAUUAGCCACACAAAGCCCGUACUCACUUACACGGUCUGCCACGGUAAUUAUAUUGGCAGAUGCCCUAGGGGAGACACAACUGGAGUGAUGAGACAUCUUUUGCCAGGAGAGCCUAAACCAUUUUUUGACAAAAGAUUGAGUUUACACAAAUUGUAAAUAAAAUAUUUUUGCUUAUUUUUAGUUAAAAUACACAUACAUUAGAGCUUCUGCUGGCCUGACUAUGCUGGGAGCUAAUGUGAUUUGUUAAACUUAAAAUCAAUACAACUACACUGGCAAAAACAUUUAAGUGUAGAAUAAGCUGCUUCACCCAAAUAGACUCAUCACAGGUAGAAAAAACAUAGCCAAGUGAUAGUUCCUAAAUUCUCACCACCUGCAGCCCUAGCUACUUACUGAUGCUGCUGCUGUGCUGUUUUCCAGCAAACGUGUUGGACUGCAUUUUGUCAAGAUUAAGUGUUUCAGCAAAGCAGAGAAAUGCUUUCUCAAAACUAUGCAAAUCCGCAGCGGGGAAAACUUUACCACGCAAAAGAGAGCUGUCCUAUUACAAAACGUGGGAGCGGUCUACAAAGCCUUGUGUCAAAUGUCACUGAAAUAUCACAGAGCAGCAGCAGGUCUGUACAGUGCAUUGCCAUUCACUCAGAGAAUCACAUUCCACAGGCCCAAGAUGAGCUCACCAGCACAGAUGUGCCCACAGCAUUACAAAGGGAUCCUGACCUCUGAAUCUACCUGUCAAAAGCAGGCCAAAGCCCUAAGCCAACCAAGCACAGACAUAACUUUACAUCAGUUUGACUUAAAACAUCUACCUCAAAUAACAGGAAUUAUUUUUUGCUGCUGAACAGGAACAGUCUUCAGAAAAAGGACUAGGUUCAGCAAAAAAAGAUUGUGCCCUCACCUGGCAUCUGAUGAUUUCACAGGGUGGAAAUCUGGAGAAUGUCUUAGAAGAAUAAUAAAGAUUUACAGUUCAGUAUCAGACUUGAAGUAUCUUGACCUCAUACAGCAACAGGUAUGAACACAAUCCCAGCAGAGUGCUCUAUGUUUCAAAUUAACCUGAUUUUAAAGCAAUGGAUGCUGUCCAAAGAUUUAUAUAAAUAACAAAUACAUUGGAAAGUACAGAUUUCCUGGGGUGUUUUAAUUUAACACUAACCAGAUGCAUUUGCAAUAAAGGCUGAAUUAAAAGUGUGGUGCCUUAAAGCAGGGAAAUAAUUUACAAUGGAGAAUUUCCUAUCUAGAAGGAAUAUGCCCCAAGAGAUUUGUAUGUCGGUUUGUAACAAUUCAACAUGGCCAAUAUUUCAAAUGCCCUUAGCCAGGUCAAGCCCCAUGGCGCAAUCAUCCGUCAUUGGUAUGAAAAUCUGAUUAUUAGGUUCCCCAAGGAAUAUGUAUUUAUUAAACAUUCACAUUACCAUACCCUGCAGGGCCUGUUCAGGCAUGAAGUCUACGGGAGUAAAUAGAAUUCUUCCUGAAUAAGGUCUCCUUCUAUUUAGUUAGCCAUACAGUAUUUAAAUGGUGCUUUUCCCUGACAUAUCUCACAGUGCCCCACAGUGGUUGGUGAGCUCCAAGUAAAUGGGAAAGCAGACACAGAAGUAAAGCAAGUUGCUGAAAUUCACACUCAGAAGAGCAAAAACAAGAGCAGAGCCUGGCAGAGGUGCUGUCGGGAGCCCGAUCGGCUGGAUCAGGCUGUCACAUGAGAGAGAAGGGAAAAAUAUUUCAGUCAGCAAGACUUUGGAGGGCAGAGGUCUUGCAGAGUUUUGGUACAGAUAGGUACAAAGUCAUGGUAGUCAUAAAGAAGCACUGACUUCUCUUGGAAAAUGAUCUCACUGAGUCUGCUUAGAGCCCAUUCUUUUUACCUGCUUCCCUGGUUUUCAUUUAUUUAGAGCAUUUGCAAGACAACAGUUUUUUCCUUAGAACCUCAUCAGUUCCAGUUCACCUGAAAUCACAAGCUGCUGACUGUGAAAUCACAGUUCCUCAUGAUGAACAAGACAUUUGCAAUAAAAUAAAAACAAUUUCUGUCUCAGGCCAGAAAGAAGCAGCAAGUUUCCAAACACAUAAGAUACCAUGCUUUAAAAUAUUACUACUAGAAAAUAUUACCCAGAUAUUUUCUGGAGAUAUAUAGACUGCAUCUGGAGCCUCUCGAGAUAUUUUCUGCCGCUUCCAAGGACUUUUUAAGGAGCUUACUGGGAACUCCACGGUCUGGAAAUUUUCUAGGAAAUUUUUAGGAGCUCUCUAGGAAUUAACUCUAUGCUCUCUAGGAAUUCUCACAAAGCGAGGAUUUCUCCCAAUGCUUUCUAGGAAUUCCCCUGCUGCUUUCUAGGUAUUACACUGCUGGCUUUCCACCAAUUUUCCUGAUGCUUUCCAGGAAUUAUCCCAUUGCUUUCUAGAAUUUCACCUGCUGCUUUCUAGGAAUUUGCUUCCUGCUUUCUAGCAAGAUUGACGGCCCUAGGCUGGGCUGAAGCGGGCUUCCAGGCCUCCGGGCAGGGUGCAGGGAGGCCCCAGAGAAGGCUGCGCAGGGCUAGUAAGGCUAUCAGUGCACUCGGGGCCCUGAUAGCACCUAGGAUUUCUAGGACUGGAAUGCACCUUCAUUGAAUAAUUUCUAAAUUCAGUGUCUUGUAAAAUAACCCCAAUUAGAAUCUCUGCAUUCCUAAACAAAUUAUGAAUUUUAACAAGAGAGAUGAAAUGAAAACAACUGUUUUAUUCAUUUAUAAUCCAUUAAAGGAUAUAUUUAAUGACGGGAUCAAGGGAA